AUGAAACUCGCCGUCUUCAGCGCGAAAUCGUAUGAUCGCACCUACCUGGAUCAAGUCUUGGGCGAGCAGUUCGCUCGGCUGGGUAGCAUCGAAUAUUAUGCCUUUCCGCUCUCCGAAGAGACGGUGCCCUUAGUCAAAGGCUGUGAUGCCGUCUGCGUCUUCGUCAACGACACUCUGCACGAGCCCGUAUUGCGUGCAUUGCAUGCGGGUGGCGUACGCGCGGUCCUACUGCGCUGUGCAGGCUUCAAUCACGUCGACCUGAAGACCGCCGAAGCGCUCGGUCUCUUCGUCGCCAACGUACCAGCUUAUUCCCCCGAGGCCGUCGCCGAGUUUGCGGUGGCCCUGAUCCAGACCCUGAAUCGCAAGACGCACCGCGCCUACAAUCGGGUGCGGGAGGGCAACUUCAAUAUUGAGGGCUUGCUGGGCACCACGCUGCAUGGGAAAACCGUCGGCAUCGUCGGGGUCGGGCGGAUCGGUCUCGCAGCGGCUCGCAUCUUUCACGGCUUCGGGUGUCGACUCCUCGCUCACGAUCCCUUUGCUGGGGAAGAAUUUCGUCAGUAUGGCACCCUGGUUGAUCUCGACCGUCUGCUGCAAGAAAGCCAUAUUAUCAGCUUGCACUGUCCGCUGACCGAGGAUACGCGGCAUAUCAUCAAGUCAUCCACCCUGUCACGGGUUCGGCCCGGCGCUCUUCUGGUCAACACGUCGAGAGGAGGGCUGAUCGAUGGGACAGCAGUCAUGGAGGCCCUCAAGACCCAUCGUCUCGGUGGACUCGCUUUGGACGUGUACGAAGCCGAAGGCGGGCUCUUCUACAAUGACCAUUCGGGCGAGAUCAUCGACGACGAUGUGCUCAUGCGUUUGAUGACAUUCCCCAAUGUCAUCAUCUGUAGCCACCAGGGAUUCUUCACCCACGAGGCCCUGACCGAGAUUGCUACGAUUACCCUGCGCAACUGGGCGGACCUGGUAGAUGGACGCUCGUGUCCCAAUUCCUUGGUAACUGAGGGCCAUGUACUGGUUCGUGCGGACACGGCCCCGGUUCGAUUGUGA